AUUUAGUUACAGCUGACUGGGUCUAGAGAUCGGCCUGGCUCGCCCGGUGCUCUGAUGCAGCCACCUCUGGGGAGGGGCAGCUGAGGAACAGCUGCACAUAACGCCGCACAGGACUGCUGGCCGGCUCUGCUCCCUUGCCCAGCACAGGGGCUGCUCACCAGCCGCGUCCAGCAGAGCUGAAGUGAAAAGCAGAAGCUGCGCCAUGGGAUUAGGCAGCCCUGGGAACUGAAAACACGGAUGGAUCCUGAAAGUGAAGGCAACGAUGCGAGGAAAUGGGCCUCUCUAGGGGGCGCCGUGCUGUGGGGCGUGAGGACAUCAAGGCCCGAGCCAGCGCCUUCCGGCAGCAACAGGGGUUCUCCGCAGAGGUCGGGGCCAGGAAAGAGAACAUCAAGAAGAAUCGGUACAAAGACAUCCUGCCAUACGAUCAGACCCGGGUCGUUGUGAAUCUCUGCACGGAGGAAGGGCAGACGGACUAUAUCAACGCCAGUUUCAUCCAGUGGGCGAAUAACAAGAGAUGCUACAUCGCGACCCAGGGGCCGCUGCCUCACACCGUCCUGGAUUUCUGGCGCAUGAUUUGGGAGUACGGGGUGAAGGUAAUUGCUAUGGCCUGUCGGGAAGUGGAGAUGGGGAAGAAAAAGUGUGAACGCUACUGGCCACUGAAGCAAGAACUGCUACAAAUUGGGCCCUUCUCCAUCGUCCAGGUCAAGGAGCAGGAGCUGAAUCCGGACGUGACAGUCCGCACGCUGAGCGUCAGCUUCCAGAAGGAGGAGCGGCCCCUCACCCAUUUCCAGUACGUGGCCUGGCCAGACCGCGGGAUCCCGGACAAUUACAGCCAUUUCCUGGAGCUGAUCGAGCACGUGCGACUGACGCAGGGGGACGACUCAGCCCCCAUCUGCGUGCACUGCAGCGCUGGCUGUGGCCGGACCGGCGUGAUCUGCAUCCUGGAGCACGUGAGACACCUCCUCCUCCAGCAGAGCAUCCCCCCGAAUUUCAGCAUUUUCGACAUCGUCCUAGCGAUGAGAAAGCAGAGACCGUCGGCUGUCCAGACGCUGGAGCAGUACGAGUUUCUGUACCACGCCGUGGCCGAGAUGUUCCGCUCCACCCUGGCCACCACCUACGAGAACCUCAAGGAGAACCAGCUGCCCCUGUACGACGACGCCGUGUCCCUGCGCCGCCCCGCGCCCCAUAGCAAACACAGCAGCGUCUUACGGAGCAUCUCGGUGCCGUCCGAGCCCACCCCGGACCUGCCCCCCAAGAUGAGCGACACCUAUGCCGUGGUGAACAAGUUCCGGCGGGGGGGCAGGCCGGCAGGGUCCCCCUCUCGGGAGACCAGCCCCGCGUGGUCCCCCAUCGACCCCAGUGGCUUCGGGAGGCUGCAGGCCAGCAACUCCCUGCCUGGGAGCCCCGUGAAACGCCUGCCACCCAGCCCCAGCUGUGAAUACACCCCCAACUCCGCCAGCGCAGGUGACGCCAGCCCCCGGGGCCCCCCUUCGCCCAGCGCCAGGUGCGGGAAGACCCUGCUACCCAGUCUGAAACCCCCGGCUUUUGUGGCAUCUCCCCAGAAGAUGGGCCCCAGCUCCCCCCGCCAUGACCCUGACGGCUACGAGGCCAUGGACCCCUCACCUGGGAGUGGCUGCGGCCCCCUCGCCUCCCCGGGCAACGGUCUCGGCUAUAACUUCCGCAUCGGGAAGCCAAAAGGACCCCGCGACCCCCCUGCCGAGUGGACGCGGCUCUAGGGGGGAUGGGGGCACCAGGGCCUGUGCCCCUCCCCCGCAAACUCCAGCUGGACUGGGCCGCAGCCCUGCAUCACCCCACAGCACAGAGCGAGCCCUGCCCCCCAUCAACUGACAACAGGCUGGGAGCCAGGACUGCUGGGUUCUCUUCCAGGUGCAGGGAGCCAGGAC